AUGUCCAUGGAUCUGGACAACGGCGCUGUGUCUUUCCAGCCCGCGGCGCACAAUGCGGCAACUAUUCUGUGCUGCAACUGCGGCGCCCCGAUCGACGGCACCACUUCCGCUGGUGUUACAUCAUACGUCAAAUCUUCUAACCUCGCGAGUAGAUGGAUGUCGCCACCCAGCCAGUGGAUCGUUGCCCAGCCCGAGUCUCGCGAACUGCUUGCCCUGUGUCUCCGGAAGCUGCGCGGCUUGAACAAAGUGCGCAUCAUCGACGCUAGCUUCAUCUGGACCGAGCCUCAUUCGAGAAGAAUUAAGGUCAAGAUCACGAUCCAGCAGGAGGCUUUCCAGAACACCAUUCUGCAACAAUCGUUUGAGGUCGAAUAUGUUCUUGCCAACCAACAAUGCCCGGACUGCGCCAAGAGUUACACCCACAACACCUGGAGGGCUAGCGUUCAGGUGCGCCAGAAGGUCACCCACAAGCGCACCUUCCUUUACCUCGAACAGCUCAUUUUGAAGCACAUGGCCCAUAGAGACACGAUCAAUAUCAAGGAGACCCAUGAAGGUAUCGACUUUUUCUUUGCCCACCGAAACCAGGCCGAGAAGUUUGUCGAUUUCCUGAAGUCUGUCGUGCCCGUCUUCAGCAAGAAGUCCCAGGAACUCAUUUCCAUGGAUAUCCACACGUCUGUCAAAUCCUACAAGUUUACCUACUCGGUGGAGAUUGUUCCGAUCUGUAAGGAUGACCUAGUUGUCCUACCUAUCAAGCUGGCAAAGCAGCUUGGCAACAUCCCACCCAUGACUCUGUGCAACCGUAUCGGAACUGCCGUCCAAGUACUGGAUCCACAGACGCUCCAAACGGCAGAUAUUAGCCCCGAAGUCUUUUGGCGUACCCCCUUCACGCCUCUCGCGGACGUUACCGAGCUGGUCGAGUUCAUGGUCCUCGAUAUUGAGCCUCUUGGCCCGGUGAAGGGUCGCUAUGUUCUGGCGGAGGCGACCGUGGCUCGCGCAUCGGACCUAGGAUCGAACGAUCAGACUUUCUACACAAGGACCCAUUUGGGCGGUAUUUUGAACGUGGGUGAUUCUGUUCUGGGCUACCAUCUGCAGGGCACCAACUUCAACAACGACCUGUUGGACGAGCUUGAGAACAAUAAGCAGUACUCCUCGACCAUCCCGGACGUGUUGCUGGUGAAGAAGCAGUACAGCCGCAGGCACAGGCGCAGGCGCACCUGGAAGGUCAAGCGCAUGGCCAAGGAAGAGAGCGAGAUGCUUCCUCGCAAGCAAGAUCAGGAACGCCUCGAGCGCGACUUUGAAAUGUUCUUGCGGGACGUUGAAGAGGAUGAGGAGUACCGUGCAGGUAUUGCGCUGUACAAGAGCCAACAUGCACCGAAGCCAUCAGAUCCAGAGGAGAUGGAGGAGGACGACGAUGAGGAUGACGAGGGUCUGCAGAUUCCCAUGGACCAGCUGCUGGAGGAAAUGGAGGAUCUCAACAUGGACGAUGGUGAUGAAGCUUAA